AUGCUGAUAUUGGACACACCGCCAACGAGUGCGUCGCAUUCAGAAGAGAAGUUGCCUACUGGCGUCGUCGACAAAGACACUUCUAACUCCUGUUCUAAACCUCCUCCCCCUCCUCCUCAUACCUCAAUUGUUAACUUUAUUGCUGGAGGAUCUGAUGUUUGUGGUUUGAUUUAUUCUGCAGCUAAGCAACACGCUCGCGAGAACGGGACAGACAAAUCCGCGAGGGCAGCAGCUGCUGAAAACGUAACCUCUAUAUUCUUCGACGAAUCAGAUGUUGAGAACAUCUCUAGCAGACAUCAUGAUGGGCUAGUAAUAUCCAUCCCUGUCGGGAACUGUAUGGUUAGGAGAGUCCUCGUCGACAAUGGAAGCUCCACGAACGUCAUGGUGUUGGAAGCACUCAAGGAGAUGGGACUCAACCCGGAGAAGGACGUCAUCAAGAAGUCGGCGGUUCUAAUAGGGUUUAGCGGUGAAACAAAAAUUACCUUUCGAGAAGUCACCCUACCCGUCUACGCUCAAAGGAUCAACCAACAGGUAAAGUUUUGUGUUAUUAAUUGUCCCUCAUCUUACAACAUUAUCUUGGGCAGGCCAUGUAUUCAUGACAUGAAGGCCAUCCCCUUAACUUACCACCAAACCAUCAAGUUCCAAACUCGGUGUGGAGUUCAAGAAAUCAAGGGGGAUUAA